GCCGCCGCCGCCGCCACUUUCUCGUUCGCUCCCGCUCCCCGGACGCGGCGGCUGAGCCGGCCCCGCUGGGGAAGGGCUCGGGGCGGCGGCGGGCGGCCGGGAGGAGGCUGCGUGCUCGGGGCUGGGGCUGCGAGCGGGGUGAUUUUGUAUUAAAAUGAGGAGGAGGAAGAAGAGGCAGCCACAGCGGCGGCGGCGGCGGCAGCGGCAGCAGCAGCGGCAGGAGCAGCGGCGUGGAGGGCUGCAGCCCGGGCGGACGCGCGGAGCCGAGCGGGGCACGGCGGCGGCGGCGACAGCGGCCGGGAUGAGUCAACUAAUAAUUUAAUGGGGGCAGAGACGGCAGCGAGGGGGAGAGCGAGAGAGAGCGAGCGAGGGAGAGAGAGAGAGAGCAGCAGCCCCGUCCGGGGACUCGCGCUCACACGCACGCACACACACACACACAAACACACACACCUCUCCCUGUGCCACCCAGCAACAACCGGCCUCGUCACAACAACAACAGCCACAGCCGCCCUCUAGCCUGCCCGGGGACCGAGCAUAAAGCCGGGGCGACUCCAGAGGACGCUUCCCACCCCCCUCCUUCAUCUCGGGAAACUCCUCAUCAGUUUUGUUGGGGUUUCUGGGUUUCUUUUUCCUCCCAAGUGUUAGUGCCAUUGUGGGGGCUCGUUGUUUACCUCGGACUCCGGCGGAGUGAGAGCUUGGCGACUUUUUCGGGGGAGGGGGCGGGGAGUUUGUCGCCGCCGAGUCGGUGGAGGUGGCUGGGGGUGCCUCCGGAUUCUCUCCCCCUCCCCCCAAACCCUCUUUCUCUCGCCCUCACACACUCGGCUCCCCAGGCGCUCACCGCCCCGCGUCAAUGGGCAGGGAGGGGGUCCUCGGGGCUGUCGUCAGCGAGGGCCGAAUCAAAAGUGGCAUUUUAGUGCCUUUCCGGGGCUUUUUUCGCGACCUUCUGCCCCCCACCCUCGCUGUCCCCCGGUAGAUGCCCUCGUUGGGGGUGCGAGGCUGUGGGAAGAAAGUUUAAGGUUUGUUAAUAUUAGUCGCAAUUGUUGGGGAGGGGGGUGGGGGCGAUUGGAAGGGAGGCGAGGUGGCCGUCCCCUCUCUGCGUUCUCUGGGGUUAUUGGAGAAUAAUAUCGCAAGUGACAGCCAGAAGUAGACUUUCUGUCCUUACACCGAAGAAUCCGAGAGAGCAGGAGGGAGGGAGGGAAGCGAGGGGACCUUUUUUCCUUUCUGGAGACCUUGUCCGCAGUGGGUUUUUUUUUUUUUUUUUAAAGAGAAUCCUCAGUCACCACCUCGCCUCCCCAGCACCACCACAGUGUACAGCUCAUAACGGGUUUUGCUUUGUUUUUACGAUUUUCCCCCCAACGAAUCACUUGUCAGAUCAAUUUUAUCUUCUCCCUCCUCCCUACUUCCCACUCUCCCCUCCUCCCCCAUCGAAAACCCCGUUCUCUGAGGUUAGACAUUUUACAAACCAUAUAUGUUGUUUUUCGAAUUGUGAUUUUUUUUUUAACCCCCCUCUCCCAUGGCUGCUCUUCUAGACGUUUAUUUCUGCCCUUCCCCCGCUUAGGGGGGCGGGGUAGGGGAAGAGAAAAUAAUACAAUUUCAGGGGAAGUCGCCUUCAGGUCUGCUGCUUUUUUUUUUUUAAUUAAAAAAAAAAGGACAUAGAAAACAUCAGUCUUGAACUUCUCUUCAAGAACCCGGGCUGCAAAGGAAAUCUCCUUUGUUUUUAUUAUUUAUAUGCUGUCAAGUUUUGAAGUGGUGAUCUUUAGAGGGUAACUGAGUAUGGAUCAUUUGAACGAAGCAACUCAGGGGAAAGAGCAUUCAGAAAUGUCUAACAAUGUGAGCGAUCCGAAGGGUCCACCAGCCAAGAUUGCCCGCCUGGAGCAGAACGGGAGCCCGCUGGGAAGAGGAAGGCUCGGGAGUACAGGUGCAAAGAUGCAGGGAGUGCCUUUAAAACACUCGGGCCAUCUGAUGAAAACCAACCUUAGGAAAGGAACCAUGCUUCCAGUUUUCUGCGUGGUGGAACAUUAUGAAAACGCCAUUGAAUAUGAUUGCAAGGAGGAGCAUGCGGAAUUUGUGUUGGUGAGAAAGGAUAUGCUUUUCAACCAGCUGAUAGAAAUGGCUUUGCUGUCUCUGGGUUAUUCGCAUAGCUCUGCUGCCCAGGCCAAAGGGCUAAUCCAGGUUGGAAAGUGGAAUCCAGUUCCACUGUCUUAUGUGACAGAUGCCCCUGAUGCCACGGUAGCAGAUAUGCUUCAAGACGUGUAUCAUGUGGUCACACUGAAAAUUCAGUUACACAGUUGCCCCAAACUAGAAGACUUGCCUCCCGAACAAUGGUCGCACACCACAGUAAGGAAUGCUCUGAAGGACUUACUGAAAGAUAUGAAUCAGAGUUCGUUGGCCAAGGAGUGCCCCCUUUCACAGAGUAUGAUUUCUUCCAUUGUGAACAGCACUUACUAUGCAAAUGUCUCAGCAGCAAAAUGUCAAGAAUUUGGAAGGUGGUACAAACAUUUCAAGAAGACAAAAGAUAUGAUGGUCGAAAUGGAUAGUCUUUCUGAACUAUCCCAGCAAGGUGCCAACCAUGUCAACUUUGGCCAGCAGCCGGUCCCAGGGAACACAGCCGAGCAGCCUCCGUCCCCCGCGCAGCUCUCCCAUGGCAGCCAGCCCUCUGUCCGGACCCCUCUUCCGAACCUGCACCCUGGGCUUGUGUCAACGCCCAUCAGUCCUCAAUUGGUCAACCAGCAGCUGGUGAUGGCUCAGCUGCUGAACCAGCAGUAUGCAGUGAAUAGACUUUUAGCCCAGCAGUCCUUAAACCAACAAUACUUGAACCACCCUCCCCCUGUCAGUAGAUCUAUGAAUAAGCCUUUGGAGCAACAGGUUUCAACCAACACAGAGGUGUCUUCCGAAAUCUACCAGUGGGUACGUGAUGAACUGAAACGAGCAGGAAUCUCCCAGGCAGUAUUUGCACGUGUGGCUUUUAACAGAACUCAGGGCUUGCUUUCAGAAAUCCUCCGAAAGGAAGAGGACCCCAAGACUGCAUCCCAGUCUUUGCUGGUAAACCUUCGGGCUAUGCAGAAUUUCUUGCAGUUACCAGAAGCUGAAAGAGAUCGAAUUUACCAGGAUGAAAGGGAAAGGAGCUUGAAUGCUGCCUCUGCAAUGGGUCCUGCCCCCCUGAUAAGCACACCGCCCAGCCGCCCUCCCCAGGUGAAAACAGCUACUAUUGCCACUGAGAGAAAUGGGAAACCAGAGAACAAUACCAUGAACAUUAAUGCUUCCAUUUAUGAUGAGAUUCAGCAGGAAAUGAAGCGCGCUAAAGUGUCCCAAGCACUGUUUGCAAAGGUUGCGGCAACCAAAAGCCAGGGGUGGUUGUGUGAGCUGUUACGCUGGAAAGAAGAUCCUUCUCCAGAAAACAGGACCCUGUGGGAGAACCUCUCCAUGAUCCGAAGGUUCCUCAGUCUUCCUCAGCCAGAACGUGAUGCCAUUUAUGAGCAGGAGAGCAAUGCGGUACAUCACCAUGGCGACAGGCCGCCCCACAUCAUCCAUGUUCCAGCAGAGCAGAUUCAGCAGCCGCCGCCGCAGCCCCAGCAGCCGCCGCCGCCCCCGCCGCAGCCGCAGGCGCAGCAGCCCGCCGGGCCACGGCUGCCCCCUCGGCAGCCCACCGUGGCCUCGCCCGCCGAGGCGGAGGACGAGAACCGGCAGAAGACCCGGCCGCGAACGAAGAUUUCCGUGGAGGCCCUGGGCAUCCUGCAGAGUUUCAUCCAAGACGUGGGCCUGUACCCGGACGAAGAGGCCAUCCAGACUCUGUCGGCGCAGCUUGACCUCCCCAAGUACACCAUCAUCAAGUUCUUUCAGAACCAGCGGUAUUAUCUCAAGCACCACGGCAAGCUGAAGGACAACUCCGGGUUGGAGGUGGAUGUGGCCGAAUACAAAGAAGAGGAGUUGCUUAAGGAUUUGGAAGAGAGUGUGCAAGACAAGAAUGCUAACACCCUUUUCUCGGUGAAGCUAGAAGAAGAGCUCUCAGUGGAAGGAAACACAGACAUUAACGCCGACUUGAAAGACUGAGAUCAAAGUAUUAUUUUCAUUCAACAGUGCCACUGGUAUUUACUAACAAAAUGAGAAGUCCGCCUUGUAUUCUCUCAGAAACCCUUUGUUGUUUGUUGUUUGGCCAAUGAAUCUUCAGACACUUGCACAAACAGGAAAGUUGAGAAAGCAUAAUGCAGACUGCACUAAAUGUUUUGCUCUUUUACAGACUGCUGGGCAGCCCCGGGUGAAGCAUCGAGGAUUGUUUGGUAUUAAAAGUUAAAAUUUGUGUUCACGGGACACACCAAGGUGUGUACCCCGUAAGCAUGAUACCAGUGAUUUCUUUUUUUUUUUUUUAAUUAUUAUUAUUCUGGAGCCUCCAACAAGCAUUAUAACUUCUGUGAUUAUCAUUUCCUUCCUUUAAUUAUUUCUGUAACACUCCACACUGAUCUUUGGAAACUCGUCCCCUAUUUUAAAAAAAGAAAAAAAAAAGAGUUUGUUACUCUAUUGUAUGUUACAAAAGAACUAUAGACUGUGGAAUGCAGUUUAAAGAUGACAUAUGCCAACAAAUGCCUUGUAUUAUAUGGCACUGCCGUAAUUCAAAUUUGUUUUUAUUUUGGAAAUAAAAGUUCACUGUAACUUUUUUUCAUUCUCAUUGUUACAUGAUUUUUUAAAAAAUGAAAAGAAAAUGUGAAACACAAUUUAGUCCUCAUUAUUUAUUUGUAGAUCCUGCAGCAUCAUGUUGUAAUUAAUUUUUUAGAAGUUUCCGUUAAAUGUAAUAUUGCUUCUCCUGUUACCAUACUGAUUCUUUUCUAUUUAUAAAUGUAUUUUGAUGGGCAGUAAAACAAAGUGUCUUAAAAGUUUUAAAUAGAGAAAAUGUGCUUUACACAGUUGCCUAUAAAAAGUGCUCUAUGUUAUCCAAGCAAUUCAUACUAUAAGCUUCACUCUUAUUGUUGUAUGCAAUUUUUACUAUCAUGCAAAUAAGCUUAGGUAAAUAAAACUAAUAGAUCACCUUAGAAAAUUAUGCAAUUAAUGUGAAAAUAAUUGAUGUUUGCAAUGUGUCUUCCUUUGGUUUACAAUCAAUUUUAAAGCUACAUCUGUAUAAAAUUUCUGUAUAAAGGUGUAUUUCUUUUUUAUGAGUUUAUGGCUAUGAAAACACCAGCUAUUUUGUUACAGCUGGCUGUUUUUAUAAGUGUAUCACAAUUUUCUUUAUGCAGAAACGUUCUGAUUAGGAGUGGAUAUUGACUGUAACUACACAAUUAAAAUUGUUUGUAUGGUAUGACAUGGUAGGGUUUGUCUGCUUAUGUGAAGUAACUUCAAAGAGUCAAAGAUGGCCCUCAGUUAGGUGCAUGUGAAUACUUUCUUGAUAUUUUACUGAUUUUUAAGAAGAGCAGUUGAAAAGUCACUUGAAACACUGUAAAUUUAAGUCACAGACAUGCUCAUUUUUUAAGUUAAACAAUGAAGAUGAUAAGCUGUUUUUGGUUAACAUUUUGCUUAAUAAACAGAGAUAGCAGGAUGGUCAAAAGACUCGCCAACAAAAACAUAAAUCCAGUCUCUAGCAGUUAUGUGCUUAGAAUAGAUUCAUCUGCAUUUAUUUCACAAUUCUUCAAUUAUGGCAACACCUUUUUUAAGCUAAUAUAUAAAUAUUUUUAAAGGCCAUUGAUAGUAACAUAAAAUAGGGGAACAUGGACCUUCUGUACAAAAACUCCUUAGUUAGCAAUGUAUUUUUUUAAGCUAUGAAUGGAAUAUAAGUUAAUAACUCUGAGCUCAUUUGGUUGUGUAUGUUGUAACUAUAAGAACUACAUGAAGAAAAUAGGAACACACCUGAAAUUUAAACACAAGCUUCAAAAUUCUUGUAUCAUGAGACUCAAUAAACUCCCAAGAUACAAAAUGAGGUGUGCUAAAUAAUAGUCAUAGAAAGGACUGAGUCCAGUGUUGCAGUUUUUGAUUCUUAUUUUCUUUGUAUUCAUUGAUCUUUUGCUUCCUCUUUUUGAGGUUUCCUAGAUGUUCGUGGGAGUAUCUGGGUCCCUUGAUACUUGGCUUUGAAAUCGCCUCUUGUCUUCCUGCCCGUCAUUUCCCCAGGCCCUGAUAAGCUCAUCAGUAGCACCGGGGCUGCUUUAGUGUUGAACUUUUACCCAAGAAACUGAAAGGGGAUCACUGAAAACUCCUGAUUCAGCUUUAAAAGUACCAUUCACUUUGGAAGCACAGCUGGAUCACUCUGAAGGCAGCUGCUUUGCUGCAAACUUAAAAUUGUUUUGAAAAAGUUUUCAAUUCUGUUAAUUAAAUUGGAAAAUAACUUUUGAAACAUUCUUGCUCACGAGUUCAGAAAAUCAUUUGAGCAAAAGGAAUUUGAAUUAAUAAAAUAUAAAUUGGUUUUCAUGUAUUAAUAGACACUAGUACGCCAUAAAGUUUUUUAGAAAAAUCCUAUCUUCGUCUUUCUUUUCUCUGAGUUUAAGGGGAAAAGCUAGAGCAGAGAGUAGAGGGUUUUUUGUUUUUUGUUUUUUUCAACCAGACCAGCACUUAACAUAAGGUGUCAGGCAGGUGUGAAACUUACUAAUCUUUUUGGAAGGAGAAAUUGGGUUGCAAAUAAGAUUUUCCCAUUCCCAGUAACCUCCUAACUUUUGAAAUAACAUUCUCAAUGAAACAAUGCGUGUGUGUAGGAAAUCAGUAUAACAAAUACUGACGAAAUUCUCACUUAGACCCUUUAACGUAAGGAGCAUAAUUUUCUUAAUAUGUUUCAAACCAAACAACAACAACAACAAAAGCACACGUCAAUAAACAAUGACAGUCAUCAUGGAGAGAGCAAAAUUGUUUUCAGAGAAGAUGGCACAUUUUGGAAAAGAUUUGUCUGGGUGAUCUUCCACAAUGUCAUUUAUCGCUCAUACCAGCCUUCUUGUUGCGGGCGGCUCUGGUGAAAUUCCUUGAACAACCUUCAUUGUGUCCAAGUGUUAGAGACUUUUAAAAGUUGGGCAUGACAUCGCACUUCGUGCUCUUAAGACCUUCGCAGAGUCAGGUAGUUUACGGGUAAUGUCAACCUUGUGCAUCUGAAUCUGUCAUGGAUUCCUUCCCUCAGCACUUUGCCACUAAUUUGUAUUACACUCUGUGGCCAUAUAAUACUUGCACAUUAUGCAAAAAAUAACGAUAGUAUCUCCUUGGCACAUAAGAUGCAGAGUUGACACAUAACCUUUGAAAACCGAGGUAACUAAUAUGUGUGCCCUAGUUGUGUGGCACUUUGGUUACAAAGUCUGUACAUAUGUAUAAAAAUUGUAUCCAUUAACAUUUAGUCCUAAGGAAUUCUGAUCUUAAAAGAAGUGGGAUUUUUUUCCAAGUAGUGAUAUCUAUAUCUAACUGUGCUUAUCUAAAAUAUAUAGAUUGAGUAGAAAACAUUUUCAAAUGGUUCGAGAUUGAGUAAAAAUGACAAUCCCAUAUGUUGCAUUAUUAAAUUCUGCCCUAUUCCCUAUUGUUAUCAUCGGCUGAUAUUAAGGUCCUUGAUUAUCACGAUAUUAUCAAUAAAUGAGGUAUUCUGAAUUUUCUGGUGAUAUUUUCAAGAAAAGCAAUUAAAAUAUAUAUGCCCUAUUGUGUAGCCGAUAAAAACAGGACUACUGUGUUAAAGCAAGCCAGAAACUUGCAUGAUAGUGUGAAAACCAAUGGAGGUCCAAAAGUAUUAAUCAUAUCUAAAAUACCAGAAGAUAUCUAUGCUAUAGUCUACCUUACAAAUAAAUAUUUUUUACUUUUUAAGGGGGCAUAUUAUGGAUUCAGUGUUUCUUCCCGGCAAUCCUUGUAAUGUAAAUACUAAAUACUUGCAUGUCUUUUGACAAAGGCUAAACUACAAUCUAUUAACAUACACAUUUUUGAUAAAAUAUGAAGUACCCUUACUAAAGAAAUGUGACGGAAGGCGUAUGUCCAGAAUACUAUACCUGUUUAACAAUACCAAAUGUUAAAUAAAAAUAGUUUGGAAUUAAUGUUUAAAA